AAAUAAAUGGUUUCAGCAUUUUCAAUAGGUUAAGCAAAGAGAUCAGAUCCAGGAAUAAAAUCACCAGCACCUGGUCCAAAUGCUUAUUUACCAAAAUUAGUUCCAAAGUAGAAAGCACCUUAAUGGACGUAAUAUAAAAUGAUAAUGUAAUAGAAUAGGUGGUGCAGGAUAAAGAAUAGGAAGAUCGACAUCAUAUGGACCAGGACCAGGAUAAUAUGAAUAUUAAUAGAGAGUAAUAGAAGGACCAAGAUAUUCAAUAGUUGGAAAACAUGAAAAUAAAUAAAUGAAUAUAUCUCCAGGUCCAGGAAAUUAUAAUGAUGAGAGUUUUAGUUCAAUUUAUAAGAAACCACCUAUGUAUACAUUAGGAAAUAAACAUCAUACAUCAGUAAAAGAAUUAAUACCAGGACCUGGAUAAUAUGAUUUAAAUAGUUCAUUUGUAUCAAAUAACUCAAUCAAAUUUCCAACUUAAGCAAGAAUGACAUCUUUAGAAGGAGGAAUGUCCCCUGGACCUGGAUGUAUUAUUAAAUAUAUAUAUACAUUUAGAAUAUAAUAUUGAUAAAGCAAUCAAAUUAGCUAUGGAUAAAACUUAACCAUCAUGGGUAAUUGGAACAGAAUUAAGAUAAAAAGAAUUAAAAAAAUAAUAUAUUACACCUGGUCCUGGUGCUUAUUAAUUAAGUAGUUUGUUGAAUCUGAAAAAGAAUUUUACAAUCAAAUAAAAACUAUAAUCUAAAGAUUCAAAUAUUACUGCUCCUGGACCUGGAUAAUAUGAUUAAGAUAUAUCAAUCAUUAAAUCUCAUUAACCUACCUAUAAGAUAGGUACUGAAGAAAGAAGUACUAAAAAUUCGGUUCAUAAAUAAUUACCUGGUCCUGGAUAAUAUUUUAGAGAGUAAUUCAUUUACUUAUCAACAGGAGAAUAGAUAGUUUAAGUUCUUUGUAGAAAUCAGCUCCAUCUUUUAAAAUGCCAUUAGCAUUAAGAAAAGAUCUGAAUGAUUCUAUUACUAUAACACCAGGUCCAGGAUAGUAUCAAAUACCUUAAAUUAGAGAAUCCUAAAUUAUUACUAUGAAAGGAUUUAAAUAUAAUCCUAAUCAUACAAUUCAUUUCCCUGGACCUGGUUAAUAUAAUCCUGAUGAUUCUAUGUGUAAACAUAAAGAUGGUUCAUAUAAGAUAGUCCCUGAAUAUAGAUCUAAACCAUUAUUAACUUAAUAUAAUCCAGGACCUGGAUAAUAUUCAUUUAAAUCUACUCUCGAAGGACCUUCUUGGGGAUUCAAAAGAGAAAUUAGAUCUACUCUUAUUAAAAAAGAUUUUAAUCCUGGACCAGGAUCAUAUAAUAUUCCACCUAAAUUUAAUGAUGUUCCUAAAUAUUUAUUACAAAAAUGA